GUCCACCUAUUAGUUAUUAUUUUUUUUAUGAGAUCUUGAUUGUUCAUAAGCUUUCGAAGUUGAUAUUCGUUAUCACUGUGCUUUCAGUUGAUUCCAGUUCCGAACUUUUCAAAAUGAACCUCCUAUGCUCUCUGUUUAUAGCGACUUUAAUUGGAGUAGUCAUAGCUAAGAAAUUGCCAUCUUAUCUACAACCGUGUCCAAAAUCGGAAAAAGAAGCAGGCCCUUGUAUUAUAAAAAACGUAAAAAUACUUCAACCAAAAAUGGAAAAAGGUAUUCCCGAGUUACUGAUUCCAGCUCUCAAUCCUUUAAUACUUUCCAAGGCUAACCUGGAAACAGACAAAAUCAGAGCCGUAUUUAAAGACAGCAAGUUAUACAAUUUGCAUAUGUUCGAAUUAAAAAAAUUAACAUUGGAUUUGGGAACUCUCGACGUAGAUAUUGCAAUCAAUUUUCCAGCAAUUUAUACUAACGCAGAAUAUAGUCUUAACGGAAAAAUCCUGGUUUUGGAAAUUAAUAGUAAAGGAAGAGCGGAAGGAAAUUUCACCGAUUUAUCAGCCGAAUUUAAGGGGAAAAUGGAAUUGUAUGACAAAAACGGCAAAAAACAUUUAAAAAUAGCCAAAACCGAUAUUGAUUUGACCAUCAAAAAUGCCAGUAUGUACUUCUCCGAUUUAUUUCCAAAUAAUGAGGAACUUACCAUAAACGCCAAUAAGGUAUUGAACGAAAAUGCGCUAGAGGUGAUAAAGGAUUUUAUGCCUGUGCUUACGGAAGUCAUCAAGAGUAUAGUGAUCGGCAUUACCAACAACAUUUUCCAAAAAUUCAGUUUUGACGAAUUAUUCCCAUAAUAAUUAUUAGUUAUUCAUUAGAAUUGAUUGUAUAAUAAAAUUACUGAAAUAUUUAGUUUUUAUUAUGUAUUUAUUAGGUACAUUAAACAUAUCCAAAUAAAAACCUGUUAAAAUUUA